UCACAUUGUUCAACUUUUACCUCUUUUUGUAACUGCAUGGGAAAGGCUGUUAUCAUGUCAUCUUCUCAGUUCAGAGUCAUAGAGCAUGUUAUUCCGUGUCAGUCGGUUAGGGAAUAUCAUCAUGCGGUUAGGACGGAUAGUCCUCCGUUGCAGUUGGCGGUGAAGGAGUACGUUCCGCUUGAUGAUUCUGAGCCUGCUUCUGAUGGUGUUACGAUUAUUGCUGGGCAUGCGAAUGGGAUUCCUAAGGAGUGCUAUGAGCCGAUCUGGAAUGAGCUUGUAGCGUUGAAAGGUGUCAAGAUCAAGGGGAUUUGGUUCGCAGAUUGUGUCAAUCAGGGUGCUAGUGGUGUGGUGAAUGAGGAUGUUCUUGGUGAUGAUCCGAACUGGUUUGAUCAUUCGAGGGAUCUCUUGCAUAUGGUAAACCAUUUUAGAGAUCAGAUCAAGCCUCCGAUCGUGGGUAUAGCGCAUAGUUUUAGCUGCGCUACGUUCGUGCAUCUUUCCGUCAUGCAUCCGCGUCUAUUCCACAGCCUCAUCUUCCUAGAGCCAAUGGUCCAAGUCGAAAGUCCUAGCAAAGCUGGCGGAAGAAGUCCCGCCCUCUGGGCCAGUUCUCGUCCCGAUCUCUGGCCCUCGAGGGAAGCCGCGACGACUUUCAUCCGGAGUAAUCCAUUCUGGCGCAACUGGGACCCAAGAGCAGUAAACCAAUAUCUCCAAUACGGACUCCGACCUACCCCAACUGCGCUCUAUCCCAACGCAUCCUCCGACGCAGUCACACUUGCCACAACCAAAGCGCAAGAAGCAUGGACGUAUCUUCGCUUCAACGCCACCCCACAAGCUGGGAACGAUGACCCAACGGAGCGUCUUCUUGGCCCCGACCUCGCAACAACACCAAAUGGACUGACAACUAACAAUCCCGAGUAUGUUGCCGUGUGUCCGUGGUGCAGCAUCGCAUUCGAGUUCCUACAAUAUGUUCGACCAUCGGUUCUGUUCGUCUUUGGGGAAAAGAGCCAUAUCAAUGUCCCCGAACGGAGAAAGGAUAAGCUGGAGCGCACUGGGACAGGGCUGGGGGGUAGUGGAGGUGUGGUGGCGGGGAGAGUAAAGGCGGAGGUUCUACCUGGUACAUCGCAUCUGGCGCCUCUGGAGAAAAUACAUGACACCGCAUGGCUUUUAUCGGGGUGGUUGGAGGAGCAGAUGAAAGCGUAUCGAGCGGAGAAGGAGUUCUUUGGCCAGUAUACUAGUGGAAAGUCGGACCGUGAUGCAAUGGGGUUAUCGGCAAAGUGGAUGGAGUAUAUCAAGCAGCCGGUGGAUACUAAGCGGGCGAGAAAGGCUCAUCUUUAGAGCAAUGGAGUGAUUCUUGGAUUUCCGGCAUUUCUUCAUCGAUUUAGCAGCGCGAUGGGUCUCGUUGGUCACAAAAUCGCCAUUUUGUCACUAUCUGAAGAAAAAAUAUGUCAAAAAGGAUUAGAGAAGAUUGCCUAAUGCAGAGAUCAA